AUGUCUAACCUGCCCUCCGAACCCGAGUUCGAGCAAGCCUACAAGGAGCUUGUCUCGACCCUCGAGAACUCGACCCUGUUCCAGAAGAACCCAGAGUACAAAAAGGCCCUCGCCGUCUGCUCUAUCCCCGAACGCAUCAUCCAGUUCCGAGUAGUGUGGGAGGACGAUAAGGGCGAGGUCCAAGUCAACCGCGGCUAUCGAGUGCAGUUCAACUCGGCCCUGGGCCCCUACAAAGGAGGCCUCCGAUUCCAUCCCACCGUCAACCUGUCGGUCCUGAAAUUCCUGGGCUUCGAGCAGAUCUUCAAGAAUGCCUUGACCGGCCUGAACAUGGGUGGUGGCAAGGGCGGUGCAGACUUUGACCCCAAGGGCAAAUCAGACAAUGAAAUCCGAAAAUUCUGCUGUGCAUUCAUGAGCGAGCUUGGAAAACACAUUGGCGCAGACACUGACGUCCCAGCUGGUGAUAUCGGCGUGUCCGGCCGCGAGAUCGGUUGGUUGUUUGGCCAGUACAAGAAGCAAACGAAGCUGUGGGAGGGUGUCUUGACCGGCAAAGGAGGUAACUGGGGAGGCUCUCUCAUCCGACCAGAAGCAACUGGCUACGGUGUGGUAUAUUACGUCGAGCACAUGAUCAAGUAUGCGAGCGGCGGCAAGGAAUCUUUCGCCGGCAAACGCGUCGCCAUCUCGGGCUCCGGCAACGUCGCCCAGUAUGCUGCCCUGAAGGUCAUCGAACUCGGCGGCACCGUCCUCUCGCUCAGUGACAGCAAGGGUGCCAUCAUCGCCACCACAGAGGCAGGCAUCGACGCCGGACUGAUCGAAACCAUCGCACAGAUCAAGGUCGAACGAAAGCAGUUGGCCGAAGUCGCCCAGACCUCCGACUUCAGCAGCAAGGUCAAGUACAUUGACGGCGCCCGACCGUGGCUGCACGUGGGCCAGGUCGACGUUGCUCUCCCCGGCGCCACUCAAAACGAAGUCUCCAAGGAAGAGGCCGAGGGCCUGAUCAAGGCCGGCUGCAAGUUCAUCGCCGAGGGCAGCAACAUGGGUUGCACGCAAGAAGCCAUCGACGUCUUCGAGGCAGACCGCAAGUCCAAGAAGAGCAGUGCUAUCUGGUACGCUCCGGGCAAGGCCGCCAACGCCGGCGGCGUGGCAGUGUCGGGUCUGGAAAUGGCACAGAACUCGGCCCGCAUCAAGUGGACCGCCGAGGAGGUCGACGCUAAGCUCAAGGACAUUAUGGAGAACUGCUUCCAGAAUGGUCUCGAGACUGCAAAGACCUACCUCACCCCUGCUGAGGGCGAGUUCCCCAGUUUGGUCGCCGGCAGCAACAUUGCAGGCUUCAGCAAGGUGGCGGCUGCCAUGAAGGACCAGGGCGACUGGUGGUGA